ACUGCGUACGAAGCAGCAUUAUUAAUAUUUUGUCGCAAAAAUGUUACGGCACUUAAUAUUGUUUUUCGCGAUUUUUGUUUAUUUGACGGAAAGUUUAAGUAUCGUUCACCCUGGACCUCAAUACCCACCAACGAAGGGGUCAAUAUGGCCAAGGCCUUAUCAACAGACGCAAACAGAUACAUAUUAUAAAUUAAAUCCAUCUACUUUUGUUAUUACGAAAAAAGGAAAAACAUGCGAUAUAUUAAAAGAUGCAAUUGAUCGGUAUAUGAAUGUAUUGAGGAAUACCUUCGUAAUAGUUGAAAAGUAUUCAAGAAAACUACCAAAACGUGAAGGUGACGUUGAUCAUUCCGAUCCCAACUUUAAGGGAUCACUGCAAGAACUACAAAUUAACCUGACUGCACCAUGUGAAACUUAUCCACAUUUGGAUAUGGAUGAGAAAUACAGCCUUGAUGUUGCCACAGUCUCGAUCUUGAACAGUGACUCCAUAUGGGGCGUCCUCAGAGGGCUCGAGUCUUUCGUGCAACUGUUUUACAUGUCAGACGGAUACAAAAAUGUUUAUAUCAACGCAACACAAAUUCAAGAUUUUCCAAAGUACACGCACCGAGGUCUUCUCGUUGAUACAUCAAGACAUUACAUAACUGUACCUACUUUACUCAAAACAUUAGAUGCCAUGGAAAUGAACAAGUUGAACGUUUUUCAUUGGCAUAUUGUAGAUGACCAGAGCUUCCCUUAUAAGAGCGAUAUAUUUCCUCAAUUAAGUGAUGCAGCAUAUGAUCAGACCAUGGUAUACACUGCAGUGGACAUCAAUCAAGUUGUAUCCCACGCAAGGCGUAGAGGGAUACGUGUGCUACCAGAGUUCGAUGUUCCAGGCCAUACCAGCUCCUGGGGCGUUGCUUACCCAAACAUUUUAACUAAAUGCUACAGUCUCGGACAAGAAUUGGGUUUGGGUCCAAUGGACCCUACGAAAAACAUCACCUACAAACUGAUUGGUGAAUUAUUCCGCGAGGUCCAAGAACGGUUCCCGGAUAAAUAUUUUCAUGUUGGUGGAGACGAAGUCGAACUGGACUGUUGGCUAUCAAAUUCUGAAAUCCGUGACUUCAUGAAAGAUCACAACAUGACAGAUGCCAGUGAACUACACUCAUAUUUCAUGGCCAAUGUAAUCCCACUGCUGGGAGAUAGGUCUAAACCAAUUGUGUGGCAAGAAGUAUUUGAUGAGGGCGUGAGUCUACCUAACGGCACAAUCGUGCAAGUAUGGAAGAACACGGAGGCUAGAGAAAUGCAAAAUAUUCUAAAUGGUGGUUAUAAAGUAAUAUAUUCAUCAUCGUGGUACCUAGAUCAUAUUAAUGGUGGUGGGGACUGGUCCAAAUACUAUGGAGUUGAUCCUCGUGAAAUAGUUAAAGGAAGUGUCCCUGAAGAUAAAGAAAUCGAUGUUCUGGGAGGCGAAGCUUGUAUGUGGAAUGAGGUAGUGGAUGACACAAAUAUAAUUAGCAGAGUAUGGCCUCGUGCAAGUGCUGUAGCUGAAGCUUUAUGGAGUGGUCACAAAUACGAUACAAUGCCAUAUUUAAGGCACUGGUAUCAAUUUAGAGAAGACUCAUCACAUCAAGUUAGCAGCCGGCUAGAAGAACAUGCGUGUCGCAUGAAUCGUCGCGGUAUACACGCUCAGCCACCUAACGGCCCAGGAUUUUGUGUCACAGGAAAUUAAUUUUAGAAUAAAAGAUUUC